AUGCCGGCGGUACCGAUGACGAACGGUGAUACUACUAGCUCCGCUGAAGCCGGUGGUACAAGGGCGAAUGUAGCGACCAGGAUGAUGAUGAUGAUGCCGUCUGCAGCCGCGGACGAGGAAGCUGCGAAGCUCUCAAGCCCCUUCGACUGGCGAGAGCUGGAGGCGUCAUGCAGAAAGCUGGACGAAGCCAACAUUCGCAUCACAGAACUCGACAUCACAUGCCUCGGCAGCCCUACCACCAGCGACUCCGCAUUUGAUGCUGACGCUGACGGUAUUUUUGGCAGCAGCGGCGACAGCGACGGCGGUGGUGGCGGUGGCAGUUGCCGUGGCGGCAACGGGUACAGGUCGCACGUGCAAGUGCGCUACGGAAUCACGUGCGAGCCCGCGGACACCUCUUCCGUCUCCGCUAGACCCGCUAUCAACGGCGGUAGUGGUGCUGCUACCGUUGGUGACAUUGGAAUGAUGGCUCGUCAGACCCACGCAAGUCAGCCCCGGCACCCCACGCAUGUCUAUGGCUUCCCUCCUGUGCAUCAUAAGCUCCCUCCUGCAGCCGUUCAUCACAUGCCGCUGCCAUCCUCUGUGCACGUGCGAAGGUCUCAGGAAGUCAACGCUGUCAAUGACAGACGUCAUAUCCAUGUUCACAGUGCUGCAACCAGCAGCAGUAAAGGCGGCAGCGUCCGCAGCAGAGGCGAUGGAGCUACUGAUGCUUCAAGUGGGCACGGCUCCUUCGCUCGUCCGCGCUCUGCAUCCACAAUUGCUGCGCUUUCCUCGAUUCUUGGGGGUUCCGCGACAAGGCUGGAAGGUGGUGGCGGUUCGGGCGCAUUCUCUCUUCAGCCAUCCAGCGGGUUUGGCCCCACAGGCUCGGGCUCAGAUUCGGACCCAGUGUCGGGAUGGAGGUUUGGGCCGUCACCUGCUCGAGGUGCUCCAACUACCAGCGUUGUGGUACCACCUGGUAAUGAUGACUCCGUGGAUUCGGCUGUUGUGCCGGAGUCUGGGAGCAAUGACAAGGCUGCAAGCAGUGACAGCAGCGAUAGUGUUCCAUACGCUCAGCAGCAGCAGCAGCAGCAGCAGCCGGCGACUCCGCAGCAGCAGCAAGGAGAGCCUCCACAGGAAGAUGGAGCAGUGCCGGUACAGCUGAGCCCGGAGCAGAUGGCGGAGCUAUUGGAGGACAUGGCUCGUUUGGACACCAUGAAAGUCAUUCUAGAGCCAGGAAUUCUUCUCUCCGAUCAAGCAACGAUUCUCAAUCUAGCCUCUAUUCGCGCCAAGGCCACCACGACCGCGUACACCCUUCCAGACAUGCUUGCGGAUCUGAAUUCCAUAUGCGAGCCCUUUCUGAGCCGCGGGCCUGAGUACGCGGAGUAUGGGAAGAAGUUUCUGGAGAACGCGAACAACGCGAUCGUGGAGGCCGUGCAACGCGCGCAGAUGCUGGCCGCUGGAUACACUCUAGAACAGCUUGUGGGGGAGGAAGGCGUGGGGGAGAGCGGAGACGUUGCACCUCCGGCAGUGAAUGUCGCGACGAGCAAUGGAGGGCUCUCCGCCUCCAGUGCGCGCAUGGGCCAGAGCAAUCUCACAGGUGCCAGUAGCGGCUCCCGGGGGGGAAUUGGCGGAGGGGGGGCAGGAGGCGGAGUGUCGUCAGGAAAGGGCUCGAAAGGGAGUUUCGGGGAGAGGAAGCCAGACGCGCAGAGAGCGAGGGUGGUCGGGCGGCGGUGUGAGGUGUGCGCGGUGAUCAAGAAGGCUGGGUGUGGCACAGACGCGGCUCACUUCAGGUGCCUGAAGCGCAAGAAGCCGGAAGCUGUUCCCGAGAUUGAGAAGAACCUGGUGCGGCUGGGAGACGUGGGGGACGAGGAGAGGGUGACGGUUUGGAACCCUGCCGAGGGGAGGAAGCUGAGCGGACAAGCGGCACCUAUGAUGAAGAACCUGGCGGGAUGGCUGGCGAACCAUCCUGGCUGGGAAGCACAUCCUAAGGGCGCUGUGGUCCCUAGUAACAAGAAGCUGAAGGAUGCUUCUUCUGAUCGAACUGGAGGCUCGCAUGACUCUCUAGGGAGAAUGGGGCAGCAUGGUCAACAGCUCAAUUCGCAAAAACCUCACAUCUUAUUCUGUCUAGUUCUUCACCUGGCCGUCACAGCUGCUUUAACCGCACAGUCAAGUCAGCCGGCUAACCGACCGGCUCCCAGCAUCUGCCUAGCUGUUGACGGCGUGAGCGCAGCGGACUUGACGCGAGAAUGGGAAGGAUCCGGUGACGUCGGCGACGCGAAUCAGCAGCAGCAGCAGCGGGAGAAAUGGCAGCAGGAACAGGAGUUCCUUAAGACCCUUGUCCGCAGUGGUGCUGCUGCUGGUUGUCCUGAAAAGGCCACCACCAGCAGCAGUGGCCCCAGUAGCAGCAGCAGCACCAACAACGAGACGACGACUUUCGACGACGUCGCGGACCAAUGGUGGUGCAGCGGCGACGAUUUUAACGAGUUCAUAUCGUACCUUGUCGCAAAUGGGGCUAAGGAACUCACGGGUCCUUCCCGGAAGGUGCGGGUCACAUGGGGAGAAGGAUCAGGGGGGAAUGAGGAAGCGCAACCGACGGAAGGGGGAGAAGAGAUCAGGGGCGAGAGGGGGAUUCGCGCAGCGCGCGAUUUGGCUCGAGGAGAGGUGAUCGCGACCAUUCGUUUCUCGGCCGCGCUGGUGCAAGGAGAACAUGACCCCCUUCCGUACCCUGAUGCGCCCUGGACAGUGCACCUGGCAGCCAAGCUCUUGCGGGAAUUUAGCAAGGGCAGCGCAGGCAAGGCAUGGCCGUACCUGCGGUGCUUGCCUCGGUGGGCGGGGUUGCCGUGGCUGGGGCUGAGGGAGGGUGAGGAGUGGGAGAGGGAGAUUCAGCACGAGGGCACGGUGGGGCGCAUGAGAGCGAUGCUGGAGGAGGCACGGCUGCAGUGGCAGAUGUGCCGCCAGGAGGAGAGCGAGCGGGAGAAAGAGAGGGUCGAAAAGUCUGGUGCUGGUGGUGGUGGUGGUGCUGCUGAUGGGGCAGUAAGCGGGGAGUGGCAGUGGGAGGGCGGCAUAGCACAUGCGACAUGGCCUGAGUUUGCAUGGGCACUGACCAUGGUGUUCACGCAUGCAUACUCGCUGCCUCGUGUGGAUGGCACCGACGCACUCAUGCGCAUGUUCCUCCCAGUAGCCGACUUGCUCAACCACGACCCCCACAAGGCGAACGUGGACUGGUACUCAGCAGGGCUGCAUGAGGACCGUCUGGAGCUCGUAGCUCUGAACCCCAUAGCGCGCAGCGCACCCCUCGUGGCAGACUACGGGCAGUACAGCUCCGACCACUUCCUGCUCACCUAUGGCUUCGUGCCGCUCGAAAACUCUGCAGACAGAGUGGACGUGUUUCAGGACAUGACCCAGGCCGUGACCUGGUACCUCCAGAGGUACUACCAAACGCGCUCAGGCACAAUGCACUCGUUCCCUCCAACCGACGACGAGUUCCAGGAGUAUGUUCAGGUGGCUCUCGAAGGGGCUGAGGUGGAGCGCAGCAGAGUAACCCCAGACGAAUCACGCGAGGGUGGAAGCAGCACGCACGGGGAUGGGAAAGGAGACGAGGACGGGGAGGGGGACGAGGGUUUGGACGAUCCCACAGGAGCAGCAGCGCAUGACAUGCCUCUGUAUGUGUACCGGGAUGCAAGGGUGGACGCGCGGCUGCUGGGGGCGUUUGCAGCGGUGCAGCGGUGGCUGGAGGGGGUGGAUUGGGAGGACAGCGAGGAGGAGUGGGUUAUGGAUGUAGAUAAUGCUCUUGUUGCAGUGGGCAGGCGGUGCCGUGAGCUCCUUGACGCCUUCCCCACGUCGCUGGCGCGCGACCGAGGGGUGCUGUGGCAGCAUCUGCGGUGCUCCCAGCAGCAGGGGAAGAGGCACGGGGAAGGGGGAGAGAGGGCGAGUGGGGAGGAGGCAGGUGUGCAAGGGAGGGAAGCGGGGUCUGGGGAAGUGGUGGGCGCAGCAGCAUGGGAAGAGUGUGCCUCGUCCCGACUUUUGUCCCCCGUACAAGCCACAGCAGUGCGGUUUAGAAUAGUCGUGAAGGAGAUGCUUGAAGCCGUGGCUGAUUCUGCGCCGAAAGCCUUCGAGGAGAGACAGAGAGUGAGACCUGCACAAGCGGAGGACGAUGAGGGUAUUGCUGAGGCUUGA